UCCCAACUGACGUCAGACAUUAUUUGCGUGACGUUGGUCACAGGUAAAGAAUUUGCUUUCCUUGUGGAUCAGUUUCGCUCAACCACCUGUUCACGUUGGACGGAGAACAGAAUGGGGAAGAUUAGGGAAUUCGAAAUAACUCUUAAAAACAACAAAACAGUUUAUAGUCCAGGUGAAUCAAUUUCCGGAACUCUGAAAAUCUCAACUGCACAGCCAAUAGAAUGUAAAGCGAUCAAAGUGAACUGCCAGGGCUUCUGUGGAGUGACCAGCAAAUCAAAUGACACAGACUGGACAGAGGAGGAGCAGUACUUCAGCAGCUCAGUCUCAGUAGCAGACAAAGGCAUUCUGAAAGACGGCGAGCACAGUUUUCCCUUCAAGUUUCUCUUGCCAGCUGCUGCACCUACAUCAUUUAAAGGGCCUUAUGGAGUUAUUACAUACAGAGUUCGGGCUUUCAUAGACACACCUCGUUUUGCAAAAGACUACAAGAUAGAGAAGCCCUUCACUAUGAAGAACACAGUCAACCUGAAUGAAAUACCUGGUAUUCAGGAACCUAGCUCCUCUUCUGUAACCAAGAAUUUCUCAUACAUGCUUGUGAAAAAUGGGACAGUGGUGCUGAAAGCUAAGAGUGACAUGCGAGGAUAUAUCACUGGACAGAUCAUAAAAGUGUUCGCUGAGAUUGAAAACAAAUCUGAGAAGUCAACAGGUCAUGUGGUUGCCAGUCUAAUGCAGAAAGUUACAUAUAAUACCAAGAAGCCGACAUAUGACUUGCGGACUGUAGCGGAGGUAGAAGGACCUGGAGUUAAGGGUGGACAAAAAACUGAAUGGAAGGAGCAGAUUAUUGUACCUUCUCUUCAUCUGUCCACCCUGACUGAUGGAAACCUCAUCCAAAUCUGCCACUACAUUCAGGUCUAUUUGAAAUACCCAGAGGUAUCAGUAACUCUGCCCCUUUACAUUGGAAGCAUUGCACUGGAUCCAACUCGGCCUUCCCGCUCUCGGUCGGUUGCACCAAUGCCAGCCCCACGUAAUAACCCCACCGCUGCUCCUACCUCUGCCAAUGCCCAUUCUCCUGCUGCUGCUCCAGUCGAAUCUGCCCCAACCACCCUGCCAUUACGUAAAACCCCAAAAACUGCACCCAAACCCAGGCCUCGUAGCAGCUACGCAUCCCUCAAUGUGCCUCCCCCUGAUAUGUACCCAGAACUCCCAGGUGUGGCUAACUACAAUGGGGAAAUGCCAAAGAGUCCACAGUAUGAGUCUGGUUCCCAGCUUCCUCCAAACUAUAGAAGUUCACCAUAUCCACAUGAGGCUCCACCUUCUUAUGAAGAUAGCUGCAAUAUAUAGGAUGUUUCCCAACCAAAUGAAGAAGGGAGAAAAACAUUGAAAAAAUAUGUGACUUUUAUAAAUGGAGACAUCAAGCAGUUUUGAACCAAAUGUGUACAUAUCCACAUUAUGUGUACUUACAAUGUCUGUGCUGAAGAAUGUGAUAUUUAACCUAAGAAGUCAGCUGAUACAAUACUUUAGGUGUGGUUUGACAGCUAUUAUGGCAAACAGGUGGAAAUGAGUAAUUUUGCUUUUCAUUUUUGUCCUUGCAGAUGACCUGUAAAAUAGAUCUGCCUCUUGCAAAGAUAUUACCACUUGUUUUUAGGAGUUUCAUCAUGGAAGAGUAUUAUGUACUCUUCUAUUAUUAGACUGUUGCUUGUUUUGUACAUUUGUGCUUGCAAUCACACGGUCACAAGGGUACUUUUAUUUUAUUUUAUUGUAUUUUUUUAAAUGUUUUUUUUUUUAUUAAUUAGCAUGUUCAGGCUUUGUUUUUUUAUGUUCCUGAUAAACUAAAGCUGAAUCCAGUUCAAGUGAAAUUGUAACUUAACUUUAUACUAUGUGUGGAUACAUGUCCUCAUGUCAUUAUACAAAACCACUGAAUAUUUAGUAUAUAUAUACGUUUUUGGUAUUUAAUGAUUAAUAGUUAACUUUAAUGAUUCAUUUCUGCCUUUGCUAGUAUUGCACAUUACUUUCAUGUUAAAACUUUUUUUAUUUAAGCAGUGAUUUACAUUUAUAUAUUGUGUACAG